CUGGCCCGCUCAGACACUGGUGGACCUGCCACGGCCCCUUCCCAGCCUCAGUCAUGAAACUGUUGAAGGGGGCCAGGAAUUCAGUGUUUUAUGGGCAGCAGCCAGAGGAGAAAGUGCAACUGCCCUCUUGGCAGGAAGUAAAGCAGACCCCGGUCGUCCUGGCCACCCUCAAAGGUCCCGGGCCUGCCAAGUACCUGCGGCCAUCCUGCACAGGCUACAUAGGCCAUGACAGCUCCAUGUUCCAGGAACCAGCCUACACCAUGUGCACCCAGCACUCAGAAAAGCGGAUCACAGACACCUACAGCCCGGGGCCUUGCUACUAUUUGGAUCCCAAAAUAACUCGGCUUGGAAUGUCCAGCUGCCCACAAGUCCCCAUGGAGGAACGCAUCUCCAACCUGCGCUUGUGCCCCACUCUGGCCCCCUGCCACUACGAGUCUGAGAAGAUCCACCCCCCUAUGGAACGCAGGGCUCCCCAGUACACUUUUGGCUACCGGUGCCCAAUCAGGGUGAUGGACUCCAAUCCAGCCCCCAACCAGUACCAGCUGCCACUCUCGCUGGGGCCCAACACUCCUUCCUACCGAGCCGCCCCCUGCUAUAGCCUGGCCUCCCAGAACAAGAAUUGGUUUCACAAGGAGAAUAUAUCAGGAGGUCCUGGACCUGCCAUGCACACCCGGCCCGAGCCGUCCAUCUACCAGAACCGCAGCCCUAUCUACAGUAUGGCCAAGCGCUUCUCCUACCCACUGGACCACACCCUGCGGCCUGGCCCCGGCUCCCACGAUGUCCAGCAGGUCACUGUGCACAAGCCCCGCCCGCCUGCUUUCACCAUGGGCUCCAAGCACUCCCCCCACCUGUGCCCACUGAUCAUCAACAUUCGUGACUGA